CGGACGAUAAACACAAGCUCCCGCGAAAUGACGAUAUGUUCGAGUAAUAACAUUGCCAAAUCUGAGAGAUUUGAUUGGUUGAAAUUGCUUGCGGCCGACAUUUUUGUUCGAGAAGAAAUAAGAAGAAAAGUAGUGAGAUUAAAAGGCCAGUAAAGGUGUAUAUUGAAGAAAAAUUAAAGAGAGACAGACUAGAAUUACUGAUUUGAAAACGAGGCUCUGCGUCAGCUGUGACUUGUUAAUUGCUCAUGUUUGAGCCUCAGUGGUUGAAAAAUAUAGACAGCUAUGAGGGAAGAAAUUGCAGCUGCUGUUGUUUUCGUGACACGAUUAAUAAAGCAAAACGAUAGCAUUCCAAAAGAAAAGGUUGAUGAAUUUUCAGACCAGUUGUCAGCAACAUUGAUUGACAAGUUCAAGAACCACUGGUAUGCUGAAGAGCCAACCAAGGGUCAGGGAUACCGAUGCAUUCGUAUAAACCCAUCUGAACCUAUUGACCCUGUAUUAGACAAAGUUGCUGGUAUUUGUGGAUUACAAUACACUGAUCUCAACUUGCCACAAGAACUGACACUUUGGGUUGACCCAAAAGAAGUUUGUUGCAGAUUUGGUGAAAGUCAGGGAUCAUUUUGCCAACUUGCAGUGCUGAAGGAAGAUGGUAACCUUGAAAAUCAAGCACAUACGGUUAACAUUGAGGAUUUAGUGAGACAGCAACAACAGCGUUUCAACAUGAACCUUAAUAUUGUUACCACGCGAACAAGUGCUAACAAGCUUAAAGCCAUGGCUAUGAAAAAUGCUGUGUUUCAGCAGCAGUUUUACAAGCCCAGUUAUCAUCACAAUAGCAAGUUUCAGCAGAAUUUAUACAACAACACGAAUCAGCAAUAUCAAAGCUCUUCUCGACCAUUCCACAAGUCUCAUCAUCACCACCACCACAACAAUCAUCAUCACCAUCAUCAUAAAAAUGGCCACCACAGCCAGAAUUCGUCUGUAAAUAACAUGAAUGGCUAUCAGGGUAGUAAGAGCGCAAGUGAUUUUACUGGGGGUAGCGGCAAUUUCAGUUCGGGCUACGAGAUGCAGGGAAAAGAUAAGUACCGCUGGGUGAGGGGCAAGCAGCAUACGCCUGACCAGCAGGAGAAAAUGAGAUUGAGUCCGAACUGAGGUAUUCUUGAUCAAAGCCAUUGGGUGAUAUCUAUUAGAAGUCAAAUUCUAAGUCUGUCCGAUGUAUAGAAUGUUAUAUUUGUGCCUUGUCACACUGUGCUAGUCUAUAAUUUAUACAGAUUGUUCAAUUAUGAAGUUUGUCUUGAAUCAUGGGUAUUUUAAUAUAUUUGCGGCAGCUUAGAUUUGACUGGUUUUUAUUUACGGACCGUAUUUAUUGUUGACGACUUUUGCCAUGUUAUACUGGACCUGAGAUUGUGAUUUUUGUUUUUAAUUUGUACAUCAUUUAUCUUAUCAUCCCUACACAGAAUGAAAACACAUAGUAAUCAUAGCAGUUGUCAGUUGAUAAAGUCUUAUAAUUUUUAUAGAGAAUAUGGCUAAUGCUUGAUGGUAUAUAUUCAUGAAUUUUUCAAAUAACGUGAUCUAAGACCAAAGCUUUUUACAUCUGGUACAUGUAUUUAAACUUGUUUUAUGUAGGUAUAAUGACUAUGAUAAAUUAGAUAAUAAAUAGCUUCAUUGAUCAUUUUUUAAAAAGAAAUAUUAGUUUCUGACACCAAAAAAUUAUUUAAAUCUAAUGGUUUUGAACUUUCUUGUUUUUUUUUUAAAUUUCAGAUGUUAAGUUAGAUCAUUGCAUGCUAGAGAUAAUGGAUGUUUUUAUGGGGUACAAUGAUUUGCAGAAUAUUUAUCUAACAAAAUUCUUCCUAAAUGCAGGUUUUUCAGACACCUAAAAGCCAUCUUUCUUCUACAUUAUUAGUAGAUAAAAGUGUUAAGAUAAAAGUUGUAAAGAUAAAGAUUUUCAGGAUUUUUUUAUAAUUAAAGUUUCAGCAAAUAGAAUCUGCAAAUUAAUUGACUGGAUGGAAAUAUAAUGUCAACCAAUCUGUUUGAACUUUGAUUAAAGCUAGAAUACACUUAUAUGAUAAAAGUUAAUAUUGAUCAUUCAUGCAAAACAAAUUUUAAUUAAAUGUGCUUUAAAGUUUUACUGAUUGUGACUGCUUCAUUUUUUAUCAUUUUUUGCAUGAUCAGAGAAGUGUUCUCACAACAAUUUUGCAUUCCUAUGAUAUAUAAAUUCAUUUAAAUUGAAUUUGUAAAACCCAAAGAUCUCUUACAAUCAUCUCACAUUGUAUACAUAUCCAUCACUAUAUUGAAACGCUAUCGCGACUGAAUAAUUAUUUUCAUUGCACGUCAUGAUUUUAAUAUCAUCAAACUUAUCAUAUUUUAUAUUUUUGUAUUUCGAGUUGUGUGUACCAAAGUUCAUGAUCCAUAAUUUUUACUGUGCACUAUUUUAAGAUAAUUUUUCUUGCUGAGAAUAGGCAUGUCAACUAUAUAAUUUACUAGCAUUUUUUCAAUACAGUUUUUGGGUACAUUUGAGAAGAAGAAAAAAAUCACUGGUUAAUCACUUCUGAUGCAUUCUUUUAGAUUUCAUAACAAACUGAUUUUGUUAAUUUUGAUAGUUGAACAAGAAACAUGUGCUUUUUACUCAUAGAUUUUCAGUUUUUACUAGUAUUGAUAAGGCAAAAAACAAAAGAUUUGAGCAUCGCCAGUGAUUUCAUUCAUAAAUUGAGUAAAUAUAUAAAGUUUGUAUUUUUGUAUCUCAUUUUGAUGAUUUGGCUAAAAACAGCAGUUUGAGUUGAUAAUAUGAACCUGUUCAAUACAUCUUCAGGCUGGCGUUCACAUUUGGUUAUCAAUUAUUAUAGACUCUUUAGUCUUUUAUACUUACACACUGCAACACACUUGUUAUAAGUUGAAAAAUAUACAUUGAAAUUGUUUAAUUUUUUCCAUCCUUAGUGCUAAAUGAAUGAUUUUAAAAAUAGAAUUUUCAAUGCAUUAACUAUGUAUUGCCCUGGCUCGUCUGUAUAUGAAAUAUUACAACUUAACUGUAGAAUGAUAUAGGGUGAUCUAUUAUUUAUAUUUCCAAUGCGUUAAUUGAUUUUUCCAUGUAAAUAAUAACGUUUGUCACGAUAGAAUUGUAUUAUAGCAAUAUUUAAAAGAU